AUGGCCGUGCCUUCUGGUCGGGCAGCCUUCAAGAAGAAGGAUGGCGUCUUGACUCUGUCUGCUGAUCAGAUGCACGUCACCUGGACACCAUGGCCCGGCACCGGCACACCCACCGUGUCUCUGCCUCUCCCCAACAUCGCAAACUUGCAACAGACCCCAGAUACCGCGGCUAAGGUCAUGCUGCGGAUUAUAGAAAAGGCACCAGAUGCGACUGAACAGACACCAUACUCAUUCCACUUUACGUCUCCAGAUGCGCGCGCCGAGGCCAAUGCCGUGAAAGAUGUCCUGUCCAAAUUAUUGCAGGACCUGCGAUCAGGUGACCCAAACCUACCGAAGCUGGCUUCGUCCACGGGCACGCCCAACGCUAAUGGCGAGGGCAACGGCGGCGUCUCUGCCUCCAUGGCCUUUGCGAGCUCGGUCAACUCAAAGCCAGCCCCGCCACGCUGGUUCGACGACGGCCAGCUCAAGAGCGACAUUGAACUUCAACAGUCUCUGAUGAAGGCGGACCGCAAUCUCUACCAGACAUAUGUUGAUGCCCGCGCCACCAAGCCAGAUUCCAUCUCUGAUGCGGCUUUCAACUCCCAAUUCUGGUCCACACGCACAAAUCUGCUGCGAGCCCACGCUAUCGAGAUGAACCAGAAGAGGGGCUCCUACAACGUCUUGUCAACCAUUAAGCCACGGACAGAGGGUGAGGAGCUCAAGCUGAACAUCAGCGUCGAGCAGGUGCAGCUCAUUUUCAGCCAACACCCACUCAUCAAGCGUCUCUACAAUGAAAACGUACCCAAGAUCACCGAGGCCGAGUUCUGGUCACGCUUCUUCCUCAGCAAGCUGUCACGAACCCUGAGGGGUGACAAGGUGCAGGACGAGAAAAAGGAGGGCAUCGUCCGAGACCCCCUUUUUGAUAACCAUGAUGAGAGCGAAAACACACUGGGCUUUCAAAGCAGAAUCAUGGCGCAAAGCGUGCCGAAUAUCAUCAACGUCGAAGCCAAUGAAGAGAACCAAGGUGGUUUUCGAAGCGGCAACCAGGCCGACUUUGAGAUGCGGCCCAGAAAGAACGUUCUCAUCGUCAAGACGCUCAAUAGUUUGAGCGAAAAGAUCAUGGCAAACGUUGCCCCAUCCGACAUUGAGGCAGAGCAGACGAACGGGGACGAAGAUGCUACUUUCGGCCAGCUGGCGCUGCGAGACUUGCAAGGCGAUGUCGAGGAACAGCGCGUGAUUCUCAACGUCAAGGAGCAGAGCCGCUUCUUCUCCAAGCACGAGGACACGCAAUCUGCGAAUGCUCGCAUCUUUUCCAGGCAGGUUGCCGCCGACGUCUUGUCCAGCGUCCGUCGCGAGUUGCGUCUUAUGGCGACGGACAAUUCUGGCGCACUAGACCUGCACGCUGGCCUCAGCGUUGAUGAUCAAAGUGACAGCGACGAAGAAACACGAAAGCCCCCGCGCGUCGGUUCCCGAGCAACGAGAAAGUUGGCCGAAGACGAUGUAAUGGCCGGCGUCAAACGGCGGCGCAUGGAAAAGUACGGCACCGGCUCAGACGCCACUGACCUGAUGGGACUGCAGCCUGAGCUUGCUGAGCGCUGCCAGUUGACGCAUGCCACGACGGUGGAAUUCCUACACCAGUUCUGGACCGCUUUUUCUCUUCGGUGA